AAUUUCAGGUGCAAAUUUUGCGCGCACAACGCCAUAACCUCACACGAGUUUGGUUUAAUCCAGAGUCUUUGUUGUGAGAUUUUCGUGUUUUCUCUGUUCAUUUUACGUUAAAGAUGAAGUGCACCAUCCCCGAAAUAUCUUGGCACAAUCGAGAUCCUGUGCUGAGUGUGGAUAUUCAACCACUCGUGGGGAAGAAGGGAGAUUUCUAUCGAUUAGCUUCUGGAGGCACGGAUUCUCAUGUUUUGAUUUGGCACAUGCAUCUUGAGGAAGAUGGAAGAGUAUCACUGGAGAUCGUUGCUGAUCUCACGAGACACCAGAGAGCAGUGAAUGUAGUGAGAUGGUCUCCGUCCGGUAAGUAUUUGGCCAGUGGCGAUGACGAGAGUGCUAUCUUCAUAUGGAAGCAAAAGGAUGAGAACGAGGCUGUCAACAUUUUAGAUGUCACAAAUGAUCAGGACAAAGAGAUCUGGCUGACUUUCAAGAUCCUCAGAGGACAUUUGGAAGAUGUGUAUGACUUGUCGUGGUCCCCUAACGAUCUGCAGCUCAUCAGUGGAUCUGUCGACAACACAGCAAUUGUGUGGGAUGUGCAAAAAGGGAAAACCUUGGCAAUUCUGAACGAUCACAAAGGAUUCGUGCAAGGAGUCGCUUGGGAUCCGGCCAAUAAGUACCUCGCCACCCUGAGCUCUGAUCGCUUCUUCCGUGUCUUCGAUGUGCACACGCGUAAAGUGAUCAGUCGCAAUGGGAAAGGACAACUUCCAGUACCGCCGGAUUUUCAGUUGCACGGCAAGAUUGUGCGACUAUUUCACGAUGACACGCUUCAGACUUUCUUUCGGCGACUCACAUUCAGUCCCGACGGCGAGCUCAUUGUCACGCCGGCCGGUGUGAACGAGGGCGACGAGUCGCGAAAGGCCAGCAACACGACUUACGUGUACACGAGGAACUCCCUGAAGCAGCCCACAAUCGUCCUCCCAUCUCUGGAGCAUCACACAGUGGCGGCAAAGUUCUGUCCCACGCUCUUCGAGCUGAAGCCCUUCGAAGCAGCGCCAGUAAUUCCACUGCCUUAUCGCAUGGUCUUCGCCUUGGCAACGAAGAACAGCGUGUUCUUCUACGACACGCAGCAGAACGUCCCAUUCGGCGUCAUUUCCAACAUUCACUACACCAGACUCACGGACCUCACGUGGUCCAGCGACGGGAGACUCCUUGUGGUGUCCAGCACCGAUGGCUUUUGCUCGCUGAUCACCUUCGGCGAGGGCGAAUUGGGACAGAUUUACGAUGACACACUCAUUAAAGAGAAGCUGAUGAAGCAGUGGGAAGUGACCAAGAAAACUGGAAAAUCCAAAAAGACGAAGAAAGAGGAUGCUCCGCAGAAUCCCGAAACGCCUCAAAAGCGCGAAGAUGUGGGCGAGAAAGUGAAGCUCGACCCUGAAUUGGCUGACAAGAUAAUCAAGAGCGACGAGAAUUUCUCACCUGAGAAGAGGGAAAAGCCCGUGACGCCAAUAGCCAUUCGCAGACACCCUCGAGUCAUCACACCAGAGACUAAAGGCACACCUUCGCCCACGAGGAAGCAGCCUACGCCGAUCGCAGUGCGGCGCCAGCCACGGAAACUCAUCCCUGAAUCUGCACCGCUCGGCGCUUUGGUCUCAGCCGUAACGGAGGAAGCUGUGGACGCGUGGCCAAUGGAUGGGACGUCACAGAAACCCUCACAGGAGAUCUUCCGGGAGCCUCGUGGCGCCGAUCUCACGCACGAGUGCACAGAGAACAUCAAUCUCGUCCUCGAUGACGAUUCAAUGGAGAACAAACAGCCUGAAGACUGUGAGAAGAUGGAUGUUGAUCAGCCCAAGACUUCCAGUGCCCAAAAGACGCCUCGUCGCGUUGAAUUCAUCACAAUCUCCACGCCAAAAUCCAAGAAGAAGCUACUCUAGACUUCCUGAC